AUGUUCAUCGCACGAGCUACCACAGCGUCCAGCUCGACACUACGAGCAGCCCCAUCACGCGCCGCAUUCCGCUCGCACUCUACGCGAUCGACUCGUCUCCCCUCGAGCUCAAGCUGGGGUCGAGUGGCCAUAGGUGCUGCAGGAGCUCUGGCAGUGACGUACGGUCUGACGCGAAACGCCCAAACGAUCCGGCUGGAAGAGACCAAAGCGCCAUUUGAACCCUCCACGCCCGAGACCCGCCGGGCACCGGACGACAAGUAUCUCACGCUGGAGGAGGUGGCCAAACAUAAUCUCUCGCAGGACGCAUGGGUGAUUCUCAAUGGGAAUGUAUACGAUUUGACGUCGUUUCACAAGUAUCAUCCCGGCGGGGCAGCAGUGAUCGUGCAGCACGCAGGGCAGGACGUUUCAUCCAUCUUCAACCCUCUUCAUCCUCCAGGAACGAUCGAGAACAACCUCGCACCCGAGGCGUUUAAGGGCAAGGUUGACCCCAAAACAGCUGCCAAGGCUGCGGCAGCGCAAGACGCCGAGAAGGCGCGCGUCAAGGCGGUCAGAGAAGCUUUGCCGCCUGUGGAGACGAUUCUAGGCUUGGACGAGUUCCAGGACGUCGCCAGUCAGAUCAUGGUCGGCAAGAAGGGAGAAUACUACCACGGAGGCGCUCUGGACGGGAUCAGUAACGCCGAGAACAAGUCUAGCUUCAGGCGGUGCAGACUCAUCCCGAGGGUCAUGAGGGACGUCUCGGUCAUCGCGCCUCAAACUACGAUAUUUGGCGUCCCGUCCGCUCUGCCGAUCUACAUCUCGCCUGCGUCAAAUGCGCUUUUGGGGCAUCCGGAAGGAGAGCUGAAUCUGACAAGAGGGGCGGCAAAGACAGGCAUCGUACAGGGUAUAUCAUUCGUCUCGUCCUUCCCGCUCACCGAUAUUCUAGAGGAGAAGGAAAAGGUGGAGGAGAUCAUCGGCGGGAAGAUGGGGAUGGUGUUCCAGGUGUAUGUCAGACAGGAGAGGGAGAAGACUGCUAGACAGGUCAAGGAGGCGAUCGAAGGGGGUUGUCAGGCGCUCCUCCUCACCGUCGACUCCAACACCGGCGACUUCAGGCAAAGCGUCGAGAAGAUGAAAGGGACAACCGGAUCUGCCGAGCCCGGCCGGAAAAUGAAGCCAUUCAACGAGUUUACGCACAAUGUCCAUGACCCGAGGUUGAACUGGAAUGACCUGGUAUGGCUGAAGGAGCUCGCUGGGGACGUACCUAUCUACCUGAAGGGGGUAUCUAGCAUUGAGGACGUCCGGAUCGCAAAAGAGCACGGGAUGAAGGGGUGUAUAUUGUCAAAUCACGGUGGACGUCAACUGGACCGAGCUCGGACAGGUUUUGACAGUCUUCGCUCGAUCCACGCUGAAGACCCAAAGCUCUCAUCCCAGAUCGAGCUGUAUGUCGAUGGUGGGGUACGAAGGGGCUCAGACGUACUCAUGGCGGUUGCGCUGGGGGCCAAGGGAGUUGGAUUGGGUCGGUCGUUCUUGUACGCCCAGGCGGCGUAUGGUGAGAAGGGGACCAUCAGAGCCGUCAGAAUAUUGGAGAGCGAGAUCAUCACUGCCAUGCAGUUGAUGGGGGUGACGAAGCUGGAUGAGCUCAAGCCGGAGAUGGUGGACUGCUUGAGAGCAUUGUAG